GAGAACUCUCCGGCCCAGCACGCAGGCCUGGAGCCCUACUUUGACUUCAUCAUCACCAUCGGGCACUCGCGGCUGAACAAAGAGAACGAUACGCUGAAGGCACUGCUGAAGGCCAAUGUGGAGAAGCCUGUGAAGCUGGAGGUGUUCAAUAUGAAGACCAUGAAGGUGCGCGAGGUGGAGGUGGUGCCCAGCAACAUGUGGGGCGGCCAGGGCCUGCUGGGUGCCAGCGUGCGCUUCUGCAGCUUCCGCAGGGCCAGCGAGCAUGUGUGGCACGUGCUGGAUGUGGAACCAUCUUCACCUGCUGCCCUUGCUGGCCUGUGCCCGUACACAGACUAUGUGGUUGGCUCAGACCAGAUCCUCCAGGAGUCUGAGGACUUCUUUACGCUCAUCGAGUCUCACGAGGGGAAGCCCUUGAAGCUGAUGGUUUAUAACUCCGAAUCUGACUCUUGCCGGGAGGUGACUGUAACUCCCAACGCAGCCUGGGGUGGAGAGGGCAGUUUGGGGUGUGGUAUUGGCUAUGGAUAUCUACACCGGAUCCCAACCCAGCCCUCCAGCCACCACAAGAAGCCACCUGGUGCUCCACCACCUGGUGCUCCACCACCUGAUGUGCCACCACCUGGUACCCCAUCUCCUGAUGCUCCACUACUUGGUACCCCCCCACCUGGACCCAACCCCCAGGACUCUCCUGCCCCUCCUGGCCCAGAGAUAGGUUCCAGGCAGAGUGAGUACACGGAGGCCCUGCUGCAGGCACCUGGCUCUUCCAUGGAGGGACAGCUUCCUGGGCCCGGGAGUCCCAGCCAUAGUGCUCCAGACCUUGGGGGACUUCCGUGUUCCAUGGAGUUUCCUCUUCAGCCUCCUCCUCCAGUGCAGCGAGUCAUGGACCCAGGCUUCCUGGACGUGUCGGGCCUUUCCCUCUUGGACAGCAGUAAUGCCAGUGUUUGGUCCAGCCUACCCUCUUCCACAGCGCUGACCUCCACAGCUGUCUCACCCUCAGGACCAGAGGAUGUCUGCUCCAGCAACAGUUCCCACGAGCGGGGUGGUGAGGCCACAUGGUCUGGGUCAGAGUUUGAAGUCUCCUUCCUGGACAGCCCAGGUGCACAAGCCCAGCUGGACCACCUGCCUCAGCUGACUCUUCCCGACAGCCUCACCUCUGCAGCCUCACCAGAAGAUGGGCUGUCUGCUGAGCUGCUUGAAGCCCAGGCUGAGGAGGAGCCCGCAAGCACAGAGAGCCCAGACUUGGGGGCAGAGGCUGAGGCGCUGGCCAGCCAGGCCCAGAUGUCUAUACCAGAAUAACACCCUGGGCUGUAACAAGGCUCCUGAUGACAUUUCAUGAGGCCUACCUGUGGGCAGGCAGCCCAGCUCCGUGCCUAAUCCCAGUCCUGUUCAGCUUCUUAGGAUGCAGCUUCAAGUGGUGUGCAGGGAUUUCUGCUGGCAGGGGGCUUUUGUUUCUACUCAGACCCUACUCCUGAUCUCCAGAUGACCUUCCAGCAUUUAUCCUGCCUGAUGGCCCUGGCUUUGGGGAUUUCAAACAAGUCCUUUUGGGGGUGGCAGAGGGCUGGGAGCAGCACCCCAGAUAAAGUAUGUUUUGCAGGAACUGGGGGUAGGAGAGGAGGAUUCUUUGCUGCUUGGGUGGGGCAUGAAGCCUCAUUGGUUAGGGAGAGGCAGCCAUGGGCCUUGUGGGAGGGCAUCUUUUGGCUGUGUACUCUCAGGUCCAGUGGCUGCUCCACUGGGGUUGCCCAGGAGGCAGGAGGGUCCAGUCAUGAUCCAGUGUGAAGAUGAGGCAAGAGAGGAAGGGGUUGGUUGGUGUUGGCCUGAUUGCUUUGUUAGGGCUUGCCUUGAUUCUUCCUGCACAGCUCAGCCAGACCCAUCUGUACUGGAGGGAACCCCCAAGCCCCGGGAACCCCCUCCAAGUCCCAGUCACUGACUGCUUAGUCAUGUGCCCUCGUCUCUGUACUACACUGCCACAGUUGGCUCAGGCUGGCUGACAUGCCACUCAGGGUUGUACGAGAGAAGCAGUGUACCUGCCCACAUCUGCAGAGAAGGGAGUUUGAAAUUCUAGGCCCUUUGGUGGAGACCAACCUCUGCCUGGAUCACAAUGUUUCUUCUUCCUCUAGGCCUACACACCACAGACCUAGUAUCCCCAGUGUCUAGUCUUGUGAGCCUCCCAAUGACAUCUAUAUACAAGGCAUCCAGCCAGCCCCAGUGGUGAAUAAAAGCUGCACAUUUAAAUUCACCAUCCUAUGCAAACUCUUAAAGCCUGACAAGGUCUCUUCACACACAGCUGCCACCCCAAAGGGUAGCCUAGAUAAAAGUGGGUAAGGGCCCUUUUCUUUUCUGAAGUAUGGGAGAAAGCUGUUCCCUCCACCCCCCACCCCCGCCAAGUGCCUUUGGAGGCUCAGGCUAGAUUGGGUGCUCUGCUAUGCUCAGUUUCUAGAGGAGAGGGUUCUCUAACUGAAAUUCUCUGCUGCUUUGGAGUUCCUCACGUUCCCACACUCCUUGCUAAUUAUGAUGAAAGUUACCUCUGGCCUUGUCUUCUGGCCUCUGCCCAGUUGAAAGUCUCACCUUUAUAGCAUGAUUUGUUAACAUCUAUGUACAUACAGGGAACUCAAGUUCCAUGAGGCCUGCAUAAUGACUGUCUGCUCUGGGGGGCACAGACCAACUAACUAUAUGGAGGGAGGACCCAAAUCAGCUAACAUGAAGUUUCAAGCACUGUUACUAUACUGAAAGCAAGCCCUUGUCCAGCUUUUCAGAGGAGCUGAUAAGUCUUACAGUGAGACACUGUGUCCUGGAUUGUCUGGGAGCCCAGUGUGAAGUCUGCAGGAAUGCAGGAAGUGGAACAGAAUUGCCAGAAGACUGCUGUGGGAUGGGCUUCCCUUAACUCUAGCCUGGCAGUCUGGUCCAAAGUUGCCCUUACUCAAAUGUUCUGGCUCCUCCCUUCCUCACUUUUACUUCCCCCUUCCCCAUAAACUGGGGAAUAAAGUGGGUAUCAAUGUUAAUUAUUUCCAGGGUGAACAUGAAACCACAGGUUUCUUUCUCUGUAAUCUGCUAUGAAGGAAAAUGACAAGUGAAAAAAUGUGUACUACACUUUAAAAUAUUUUAACUAAAGGUUUUAUUCUAUACAACUGUGAAAUACAGAUUUUUACCCUUUGGGCAUUGCAGACGGUCAAGUUUUCUGGAAACUUACUGAUUUGACUGGAGGGCGAAAAAAGUACAACCAUGCUGGGGGUCAGAUCUAUGACAGAGGGAACGCAGCCACCCAAGGCUCAGCACAAAGGGUGAAAUGACCCAGCAAAACUCAUUCCUUUAGCUCAAAGGCCCCUCGUGCAAAUACAACUGAGGGCUGAUAAAUAAGUGUUUUUUCUUUUUUUUUUUUUUGCCAUUAAUUCACAAUUAUUACUAAAAAAUGUGCACCAAAGGCACACUGUUGUAUCCAACAUAGAUAGAAAGGACUUUUAAAAAAAAAAA